GCUGAGACAGAGGAAAUUUUAUUUACGUAGUAAAUAAAAAAGUUCCUCGUCUGCAACUCUUAUAAACCAGGUGUGGUAUGUUUGCACGUCCACAUACUACAUAUCCUCCCAGAGUCUGCGUGUGACGGCAGACAUGGCUGAAGUUACUCUUGUGGACCUCACAAACAUCUGUUCUUCAGAAAGCGACAUUUGCGUGAAAAUGCGUGUCCGCACAUUCUGUUCACUGACCGAAAAUGCCUCUCCGGAGCCGGUGUACUUCGUGACGGAUCCCGGGAGCUCCUUGGGGACGGACAGAUUUCCGAGAAGCUCACUGCUUAAGAUGUUUGUCGGUUUCAGCAAUUCCCCACAGAUCCUGUGCAAAAGCUCUCUUUCGGCUUCAUUAUAUUCAUUCAAACAGGCCAUAGACGAAAGCGAUAUUAGUAACGUGAAGAUAGUGACCUCGAGCCGCGGGAGAGAAGUGUUUCAGGUCUACCAGGAGUUGCUCUUCACUUCUGCUUAUACUUUUGAGUACUGCAUCAUGUUUGACAAUCUGUCGUGUGACUCCUGUCCUCCGGGUGACCGAGCAAAUAGCAGCGCUCCUGCAGAAGGUGACGCCAGACUGGAGCUCAGCACGUUCUUGCAGCGCCUACCAGCGGUCAAAGGAGAUAUUACAGUUCUCAGAUCAGCUGCCAUUUCAGACUGCUUUGGCCAUGGCUUCAGUACCCGUACCGGAGGAAUCUCCUACAUAAGCACCAUGAGCUCAAUGAACCUCUUCUGCAACCCACGGCGCAAAGACCCCAGAGCAGUGGUGGAUGAAAACCGCAGACGGCUCGGCCUGCAGGCUGGAUUUCACCCUCGUCAGUUAAACCUCAUUAAGUGCAACCAUGCCAGUGAUGUGUGGGUUAUGGGCAAACCUGCCCCCGACAGUUACGAUGGACUGGUGACCAAUCAGUCAGGCGUUGUCAUAGCAGCACCAGGGGCUGAUUGUAUGCCAUUGCUCUUCACUGACCCCGUAUCAAAGGUCAUAGGAGUUGCGCAUGCAGGCUGGAAGGGGACCCUGAUGGGAAUUGCCAUGGCAACAGUAAAAGCCAUGGUGUCAGAGUUUGGCAGCCGCCCUGCAGACAUAAUGGUUGUGGUCGGGCCUUCUGUGGGACCCUGCUGCUUCACUCUGGAGCAGGACUCAGCCAGAAAGUUUCACGCCAUACACCCGGACUGUGUGCAAAACAUGGACUCAUCCGAGCCUUCUGUCGACAUCAGAGUCGCUACCAGAGUUCUGCUGGAAAGAGGUGGGAUUAAACCUGAGCACAUAGAGAACAUCCGAAUCCCAAACCAGACAGAUUCCAUACCAUGCACCUCCUGCAGUCCUGAGCUAUUCUUCUCCCAUAGGAGAGAUGGACUCAACUUUGGGACACAGAUUGGGUUCCUGUGGAUCAAAUAAAUCAAGCCCUGGCUGAAUGCACCAAAGCUUUACAUACAGUUGAAGUCAGAAUUAUUAGCCCUCCUGUGAUUUUUGUUUUCUUCUUCUUUUUUAAAAAUAUUUCGAGAGAAAGGACAUUUUCACAGUAUGUCUGAUAAUAUUUUUUCUUCUGGAGAAAAAAUGAUUUAUUUUAUUUCAGCUAGAAUAAAAGACAUUUUUCAUUUUUUAAAAUCAUUUUAGGGUCAAUAUUAUUAGCCCCUUUAAGCUAAAUAUUUUUUUGAUUGUCUACAAAGCAAACCAUCAUAACAAAAUGACUUGCCUAAUUAUCCUAACCUGCCUAAUUAACCUAGUUAAGCCUUUAAAUGUCAUUUUAAGCUGAAUACCAAUAUCAUGAGAAAUAUAUUGUAAAAUGUUAUUUACUGUCAUCAAGGCAAAGAUAAAAUAAAUCAGUUAUUAGAAAUUAGUUAUUAAACUAUUAUGUGUAGAAAUGUGUUGAAAGAAUCUCCUUUCCCUUAAACAUAAAUUGGGGGGAAAAAUAUACAGGGGGCUCAUAAUUCAUAAGGGCUAAUAAUUCUCACUUUAAUUGUACAUUUACAUUCACAAAUUGUUAUUUAGCAGGUGCAUUUAAAUGACAGUACAUUCAUUUAUUUAUAUAGUUAACUAAUUAGUAUUGAAUUACCCAACUCGCAAUAUGUGACAUAUGUGUGUUUGUUAGCUUACAAAAUGGACUUUUAUCUUAUAUCACGGUCUAAUGAAUGUAGAUGUAACAUGAUCUUCAUUUUUUCAGUACUUUUAAUGAACUAACAUUCUCAUGUAUAUAAUAGUACCAAUGUAAAUAGUGUGAAAAUUAUUAUUUUUUUAAAAGGUACAGAUAUUUAAUGUAAUUUAUGUAGUAUUCUUCAACAACAACAACAAAAGAAAUUAAACAGGUUUGGAACAA